AUGACUCUGCCCUGCAAAGCCAUCGUCUGCCGAGACACCCACGCCAACGGGGGCUGGAAGAUGGAAGAUGUCAUUACUCGUAAGCCUGGUGAAGGCGAACUUCUGGUCGAGAUGGUCGCAUCCGGGAUCUGCCAUACUGAUGCUCUGAUCGGAGGAAUUCCUGGUGGUGCGGCGCCGAUUGCCUUUUACCCACGAGUACUGGGACACGAAGGCUCUGGGUAUGUCAAGGAGGUCGGGAAGGGCGUGACUGUUGCACAGCCAGGAGAUCCGGUGUUGUUGUCGUUCGCUUUCUGCGACAGCUGUGCGAUCUGCAAAGACGGCCAUCGUUCCCACUGCCUCAAGUUCAACGACCUCAAUUUUGGCGACGUGUGCAGGAAUUUUGGUGAUACGUCCAGCACCAAUGGCGAAACGAACAUCGGAGGUGCGUUCUUUGGCCAAUCUUCGUUCGCCAGCCUCUCGAUCGUUAAGCAAUGCAGCGUCGUCAAUGCCAAAGACCUGGUGAAAAACAAGCAGGAGCUGCAGUUAUUCGCUCCUCUCGGCUGCGGCAUUCAGACUGGAAGCGGGACUGUCAUCAACGCUGCCCAAGCGACAUCAAAAGACGUGGUCUGCAUCAUGGGCCUCGGCGGUGUAGGCUUGAGCGCUGUGAUGGGAGCAAAGAUCCAAGGCUGCCGCACGAUUAUCGGCAUCGACCGCAUCGAAAGCCGUCUCGAGCUGGCAAAGGAGCUUGGUGCUACGCAUGUGAUUGACGGCAGUAAGCUGCCGGAGGGCAAGUCAUUAGGAGAUGUAGUUGCCGAGUACGCCGACGGCAUCGGACCGACUGUUACGAUCGACACAACCGGCGUACCGGCGCUGAUCAAGGCUGGCGUGGCCUUCACGAGGAACCGUGGAAAAAUCAUCCAAGUUGGCUCGCCUCCGUUCGACUUUAAUCUAGAGCUUGAGACUUUCAGCUUUAUGGUGAGCGGGAAGCAAUUCAUUGGCGCGAUUGAAGGGCAGGCGUAUCCGCCGGAGCAUGUGCCGAAGAUGAUCCAGUGGUACCGGGAGGGCAGGUUCCCGAUCGACAAGUUCAGCAAGUUCAUUCCUGCUGCUGAGUACGAGCAAGGGUUGCAUGAGAUGCAUGAGGGAACCAUCAUUAAGCCGAUCUUGGUAUGGUGA